AUGUCGGGCACAGCUGCCAGCGGGGCGAGUAAUUCCGGUGCAAGUACCUCCGUAACAGCCCUCGGUGGACUCGGUGGUUCCCUAGAAGACAAAGACUGCGAUCUCUUAUGUCCAGUGUGCUUUGAACUAAUAGACGAAGCAUAUGUGACCCGCUGCGGUCACUCCUUCUGUUAUUCAUGUAUUGCUAAGUCUGUGGAACUACAUAGAAGGUGUCCGAAAUGUGGUGCCCAGUUGACCGGUCGCGACCACUACUUCCCGAAUUUCCUGCUCAAUGAACUGGUUGCGAGACGCAGACUACGCACCAAACCCACCACAGUGGUGCCGUCUAUACCUUCCCCUGGUGAUGCAGAACGGUUGAGAGCACUUGUGGCAGCUGAAGCAAGGCACUUAGGACUGUCAGAUGUAGAUGGAAUGCUGGAUGUUCUAACGAGACGGAAGAGGUUAUUAGAAGCUGAAUCAGCAGCAGCCCACCACAGAUUAUUAUAUGAGUUCUUAUCACAGUUACUGCGGCACAGAUCACACCAGCUGGAACAGCUGUCAAGAGAGGCUGCGCUGGUCCGAAAGGAUAUGGACCACGUGGCGACAGUUUUGCGCGACCUUAAAGCCGGAGCUGCUGACGUGGGUCGGAUACCUUCCCCCACUGAACAGUCGCUGGCUGAAUGGAUCAGGGAAGGGGGUAGAUUGAAGCGGGAAGUUAGCGAGACUGAUACUCAACAGGGAUACACUCAAGAGGAAGAGGAGAGCUUCGGAUCUGUGUGCGGGGCGGGCGGCGCGGGGUGGGGCGGGACGGAUGCGCUUGCGCAGAGGUGGAGGAGGCUCGCUGCGCAUUUUGAUGACUUUGUUCAGUGUUACUUUGCGCAUCGAGCCGAUGAACUGUACUUCCCCGGAUCUGGGUCAGAUGGGGCAACACCAGCUGGAGUGGGUCCGUCAUCCACCCCUGGGCCCGUCGUGCCUACUGUCGUCCCAAGUGGUGCUUCGGAAGCCGACCAUGUCCCACAGCAGACACCUGAGACAAGGGCUUCGAGUGCAGCUGGCGGUGACCAGAGAGCCCCUGAAGGGGACGCUCCCGUUCAGCCAAUGACCCCGAUGGCCGUUGGGGCGGAGGGAUUCGGCGGUUUGGACGCGUUCCGCGAGGACCUGGCUGCAUUCACCCGGUACAGAGCGUUGAGACCGCUCGCGACCCUCUCCUACUGUUCGGACGCCAUCAACUACUCAACUAUCGUCUCUACUAUCGAGUUUGAUAAGGAUGAUGAAUUCUUCGCUAUUGCUGGUGUUACUAAGAGGAUUAAGGUCUUCGAAUUCGAGUCUGUGGUGCGUGACGCGGUGGACGUGCAUUACCCCUGUGCGGAGAUGCAAUGCUCCCACAAGAUAUCCUGCGUCUCUUGGAACGCGUACCACAAGAACGUUCUGGCUUCUUCAGACUAUGAGGGCACUGUUGCCGUUUGGGACGCCGCUACUGGACUCAGAACUAGAGCCUUGCAGGAGCACGACAAACGCUGCUGGUCUGUGCACUUCAAUCGCGCUGACGUCCGCCUCCUCGCGUCCGGGUCAGACGACGCGCGCGUCAAGCUGUGCGUUCGGCUCCGCGGACCACUGCGUCCACUACUACGACCUGCGCGCCCCCCCGCUCCCCCCCUCGCCGUCCUCCGUGACCACAGGAAGGCGGUGUCCUACGUCCAGUUCCUCGACUCGAAGACCCUCGUCUCCGCGUCUACGGACUCCAUGUUGAAAUUGUGGAGGGUAGAUUCGCCGAGGUGCGUCCGGUCUUUCACGGGGCACGCGAACGAGAAGAACUUCGUCGGUCUAGCGACAGAUGGGAAAUAUGUGGCUUGCGGGUCGGAAAAUAAUGCUCUGUAUGUUUAUUAUAAUGGUGUGUCCAGGCCGCUGUUGGCGUACAGGUUCGAAGCGGUGAGGGGGUUCUUGGAGAGAGAGAGACGGGAUGAGGAGCCGAGUGAGUUCGUCUCGGCUGUCUGCUGGCGGCGGUCGGUGGACAGACCGGUGCUUUUGGCCGCAAAUUCGCAGGGCACGAUAAAAGUACUUGAGCUGCUGUAA